AUGGCUAAAAAUGCGAAGCGCGAUGAAGUUGUUGACGAGCAACCUCCGUCGGUCGAGGAAGAUCUCUAUAAGAUUCUGGGCGUCCAGUCAGAUGCAACCCCUGAAACAAUCAAAACUGCAUACAAGAAGAAUGCGCUGAAGCAUCAUCCCGACAAGGUCCGCGACGACGUCCGUGAAGAAGCCCAUAAGAAAUUCCAACAAAUCGCACUUGCCUACGGUGUCCUGUCCGAUCCCCGUCGCCGAAAGAUCUACGACCGUACUGGCAGCACAGAUGACGUUCUCGGCGAAGAUGGCGACUUUGAUUGGAUGGAUUUCUACCGCGAGCAGCUAUCCGCGAUGCUGGACACGCGUGCUGUUUCGGAUUUCCAGAAGAAAUAUCAGGGCUCCGAUGAGGAGAAGAAGGAUCUGUUGGAGGCGUAUGAGACGCACGAGGGUGACAUGGACGGUAUCUAUGACUCUGUGAUGCUGUCUAAUGUGCUGGACGACGACGAGCGCUUUAGGGCGAUCAUCGACCAGGCCAUUGCCGACGGCGAAGUGGAGAAGUACAAGAAGUACUCCGAGGAGUCACAAAUCAAGCACCAACGACGAGUAAAGCGCGCCCAGAAGGAGGCCAAAGAGGCAGAGAAACUCGCGAAGGAGGUCGAGACUACCAAGCAGACGAAAGCUGCUGCGGCAUCGAAGGCUUCUAAGGGCGCUGGCAGAGGAGGCGAGGAUGACCUACUCGCUCUCAUCAACAAGCGUCAGCAGCAGCGUGGACAAGGCUUUCUUGCACAUCUGGAGGAGAAGUAUGGCCAGCCUAAAGGCAAGAAGCGCAGCCCUGCCGAUGAGCCAUCGGAGGAGGCGUUCGCUGCCGUCGGUGCGCGCAAGAAGGCCAAGGAUGGGAAGCCGAAGCCCAAGAAGUCUUCCCGGACAUAG